UCUAAUCACGUCCAGCAUCCUGAAGAUCUUGUAACUCGGGAAGGUUUCACGUAUCAGAGCAGUAAGAACGUAUGCUCAAGUAACUCAUGUCUUUACAAUAAGACCUGCUUAAACGGAUAUACGGAAAAGGGAGACCUCUGUCUGUGCAAAUUUGGUUAUACCGGGAAGAAGUGUAAAAUAGGGACUAGCUGCAGUGAUCUGCUUGACUCGUCCGAAGGUAACCGAGCCUAUUCCUUGAAAGUGGGAUCAGCGUCACUUCCAGUGUACUGUCACAUGACCAGUCUUGGAGCAUGCGGGGGUGGGGGAUGGACGCUGGUUAUGAAAAUAGAUGGCACUAAGAGAACCUUCCAUUAUGAUUCCAAGUAUUGGAGCGACAAAAAUUAUUUCAACUUACCAGGAGGCAAGAGUGGGUUUGACUCGCAAGAGACCAAGUUACCGACUUAUUGGAGUACACCUUUCUCUAAGCUUUGUCUCGCCAUGAAAGUUAAUGAACAGCUCAACUUCACUGCCAUUCAUAUAAAGGCUGACUCUUUAUAUUCACUAAUUGCUGAUGGAAACUACCGCGCCACCUCACUAGGUCGUGACACCUGGAAGACGCUGAUUGGCCCGCAAGCUUCCUUGCAGUUCUGCUGUGACAUAGAAGGCUUCAAUUCUGACGGUAAUGGUGCAAAAACAAGAAUCGGUAUCGUUUGUAAUGAGUGUUGUAAUGGCUGUGGCAAAUAUAAUUCAAGAAUUGGAUUUGGUGGAGCGCGUGCAACUAAUGACUCCAACACGUGUGGAAACUCAGCUCAUUGGUAUCCCGAUAACGGUAAGAAAAAUAUCAAAGCGAUGGGAUACAUUUUCGCCCAAUGAUUAAAAAAAUAAUAAUAAAUAUUUCAACAUUGAUGAAGACAAACUCGCCUGAAAAAUGAACCAUUGUCAACGGACACCGAGUAGUAAACAUGUAUUAGACGUUCCUUUUCUAUUUCUUUCUGACUGGACAAGGCACCAAGCAGAAAAAUCAUUCUGUGCUUUUAGUCUCAGAGUAUCUUGCUAUCCUAAAGCUCUAUAAAAUUUGAUAAGGGUCAAUAGGGAUAUCUAAAAGGUUAAUCCUCUUUCAACGUCUGUAUUAUUGUCUAUUUCAUGAAAAUCAGAAUUAUGUGAUCCAUUGGCUGGAUAAUCAAUAUCAUCGUUUGUGUGAAACGGCACUAUUUUUCAGUCUGAAAAUAAAGUACAUAGCAACGACAAAUUUUGGGCUCUGAGUCACAAAUUUAAAUUGGUAGUAUCCGCGACUUUGAGAAAAGCGGAGGAA